AAAAUAAAAAUAUUUUUUUCUAAUUUUUUCCUAUUCCCUAUCAAUCGUCUUCCUCCUCCAUGGCGACAGAAUAGAUUCGGGAAGAUCCCGCUUCCUCCUCCACCGCAAACCCCCCUGCAGCAUUUGCCAAUGAAAAGAGAGGCUUUCUCUAGUCUAUCCCUCUCCCUCUCCUUCAAGUGACCACUCCUCAUUUUCUUCCUUCCUUCUUCUGUGGCCACAUCACCUUUCACAAUUUCAAUUUCAAAUAGGGAUUAAAGUCUAGACAAUCGGCAACGCAGAAGGUAGGGGGAUUCCGCGGAAGGACACUCAUUUCGGAAGCCUCACCAGGCGAGCAAGGUAGAGCCUCACCAGCAACCGAUUCAAGAGUCAUCAUCCGGCGAUUUAUUGAUUUCGGCUCCAAGCGGCAGUCAGGUCACCAUGGAUGUGGCGCCUGCUUUUGACUCGUAGAUCGGAGCCUUGCGAAAACAAAAACAAAAGAAAUAAAGACAUGGAGGGGAUCAUCGACGCAGUAGGCAUAUAUUGCGAAGGAAGGGAUGAGCUGGGGAAGAGGAAGAAAGCGUAUUCAGAACGGCUGCUGCGACGAUACGAGGAGGGGAUGCGAAGUCACUCGAGAGGAAUGAAUCUUGCGGCGGUGGCGGUGGUGGUGACGAGCUGUGGUGGGGCAGCGGAUGUAGGUUGGCCGGCGGGAGGAGUGAGGUAUGUUGAGGAGAAGAAGCAGAGAUUAGAAUAGGGAGCGUGCGAUUUUUUUUCGUUGGUUUAUUAUUAUUUUAUAUUUUAUUUGAUUAAAAAAUAUUAAAGAAAUUCCACAUAAGUAUUAUUAGUUGUCACGUCAUCAUUUCUGUUAGUUCACUCAAUCCGUUAGAUGACACCGUCAAAGAAUUAGACGGAAUUGGCUAUAAGUGUCAUUUCUUCAAAACUGGCUAUUAUUGGCAUAAACGCGAAAGUUUUGGCUAUACAAAUGUAUUUUGCCUUUAAUCUUUGUUGAAAGAAAGAUUGUGAUGUAUCUCCGUGAUGGCGAAGAGUUAUUAUCGGAUGGCAAGAUUGAUACCCCAUACAAGGUAUUAAUAUUGCAGAACUUUAUUUUGCUCAAAAUGGGGACACGUUGUUUAUCGUUCACGGCGGAUACCCGCCUCAUCAAUUGUCAGUGGAGGCGAGAACAUGGACUUAUAAGCCCGUACCGUUUCAACAAUCCCCGAUGUUAGGAAUGACAAUCAUAAAUGAGAAGCCCACCCCAGAUAUAUCGGUGCAUAUCCCCCAAGGCGGAGAGGUUUCGGUACUCGUUUAUGCGAGUGGUGAUAUAUUCAAGUUAUCCGAUGUUGGUAGGGAUUUUCACUGUGGGUGGUAUAUUCCUCAUUGGAAACAAUCAACCAAGUAUCCUAAAGGGGCAUUUGUCAUAAGAACCACCAGCGAGGGCGAGAACAAGACCGAUAAUAAAGUUUUUAAAUGCGUUCAAGGCGGAGAUUCUGAGUUGAUUGGCAAGCGACCAAUUCGAUUCAACAAAAGACAGGAGAAUGUAUUUGGGAGGUUGAGAAAGGUAAAUCUGGGGUACAUAUCGUGAGAUGGGCAGCGGGAACUAUUGCUGAGGUGAAAACUUCACGUCUUGUUUUGCUCAAACUCCGUACUCCAAUCCAAGAUGAUACUCAAACACGGUUUUGGAGAUUUGGAGGGGAAUGGAAGAGGGUUAUCCUCCACUCGUUGCAUUCCAUGAGGAUAGGUUGGUUUUCGCUGGCAAUGAUGCUGAGACUCAAUCAAUCCAGUUCUCCGAAGUCUCAAACUAUACGAACUUCUCAAUCACUGAUGAGACAGGAGAUGUACAACCUCAGUUGUCAUUCAGCAUUCGCCUAAGCUCUAUCAAUAGGCAAUCCAUUCAAUGGAUGCGGAGCAUGGGAAGAGGUCUUGUCGUUGGGACAGAUACGAAUAUCUGGUGUAUUUCCCCUAACCAUGAAAAGGGUAGCUUUGCUAACAAUUCUUUGUCUACCAGAACGAUUGCCAGUCUUAGUAGCGCAGGCACUCCGCCCGUGAGUGUUGUCUCUGCUCUUCUUUUUUCGCAUGGAUCGGGCCAGACCUUGCGAGCGAUUAUUGGCGAUAUCGAAAGGGGUUAUCAAUUUCCAGAUUUGACGCUCUCAGCUGAGCAUAUGUUGAUGAGCGGGAUAAAUCAGAUGGCGUUUCAAGAAGAUCCAUACGCACUUCUUUGGAUUUUAAGACACGACGGUGAGCUUGUCGGGUGUACUUUUGAUCCAGAGAAUGAAGUUUUAGCAUGGCAUACGCAUUCUCUAGGAGGCAAUGCAAAGGUUCAUUCAAUGGCGAGCUUUAUUCACAGUGCGAGUGGACAGAGCGAGCUUUGGCUUUUUGACUCGUCUCGAAUAUCACAAUAAAAUCCCACCUAAGGCCCAAGUAUAAACCUUAUAUGGGUGCAAUAUAGGGCAAGUAUGUUU